GAGUGUUGAACUUGGCCCUCAUUCUUCAAUCGGAAACGCAAGCUAAUCGACGACGACAGAGAUGGCUCUGAGCACGGCAACCAAGCAUCUGGGACGGUUGCUGCCGCAGUCCAGCGUCCUCUUUGUGUGCGACGUGCAGGAGGUCUUCCGCGGCCUCACAUUCCAGUUGCCCACGGUUAUCCAUGGCACCAACACGAUGGUAUCGGCAGCCAAACUCCUGAAUCUACCAGUGGUGGUGACGACCCAGUAUGGCUCCCGUUUGGGCAGCACCGUGUCCGAGAUCUCCCAGAACUUGAAGGACAUGAACGACGUCAAGACCUUCGACAAGAUGAAGUUCUCCAUGCUCGUGCCUGAGGUGGAGCACCACCUGACCUCCAACAUGCCGCAGCGCAAGUCCGUGCUGCUCUGCGGUAUCGAGACGCAUGUUUGUGUCCUACAGACAUGCCUCGACCUGCUGGAUAAGGGCUACGAUGUGCACGUGGUCUCUGACGCCGUGUCCAGCUCCACGAGCUACAACCGCUCCAUGGCUCUCGAGCGCAUGCGCCAGUCUGGUGCCUUCAUUACGUCUGUCGAGUCGGCCAUCUUCCAGCUGGCCAAUGACGCCAGCAACCCCGAGUUCAAGAGCAUCUCCAAGCUCAUCAAGGAACAUCUCCAGGUGGAGAACGGAUUCGACACUGGGGCCCGUAUCUAGGUCAGCAAAACACGUGAGUCGAGAGCAGAAGACAACACGAAGCGUGUGUACUUGUGUGCAUUUCAGUGAUCAACAAUUAUUUUCAGGUUUGUUUCUGGAAGAAGUCGAAUAAAGUUUUCUUGCCAGCGCCAGGUGCCGCCUUGUGAGCGAGUGCUUGGGCUUUCCUAGCACUGUUAGCGACAGGUUUCACUGCUGGACGUGGCCUCUUUUUAGACUUGGG